AUGACUCUUGUAAACGUAGACAUAUAUCAUCAGCCGGCGGGAUUAUUCGGAGUGAGCAUGUGCACAACCGAAAUGACCGAAGGCUACAGCAUGUCCCCAUCAACGGCUUCCUCAAGUGGCACUAAUCCUGGGUGUAUUGGGUCACCAAUAAGCAGAAUAACACCCUUGAGAACUUCACCAGGAAGAGCGCGAGAGCCCCGCGAUGAUCUUGAUGACGAUGACGAAAUAUCAGUUGGUUGUCCAAGCCCCAUGCCUCUGGUUGUAUCUGCGGGGACUCCGAUAAAAGAUGAGCAGAAUGAACGGUUGACACCUGUCUUGUCUGAAGAACCAAAAUAUUGUGAAAGAUUGUCAUCACCAAGGAGUUACGCCGACGACGAUGAAAGGUACUUGAAGAAGGAAGACGAUUAUAAUAAUACCAGUGUUACCACCUCACUCACCAGAAGGAUUUCGUCCUCAUCCAGGCGGACCAGUUUUAAAGAAGAAGAGGACGGUGAUAAUAACGGCGAGAGAUCGGAAAGUGCUCCGACCGAUGACUAUUUUAAGCCGCUAAAAAAACUCAAAAUGGUUCAGCCUGUUCAACCCUCCGAUGACGAGGAUGAUCGGGACACCAAUGAACACGGUGUCAAAUCCUUCAGUAUUAUUGACAUACUCUCUCAUCGGCCAAAAGCUAAAAUUGUAAGGCCUUGGGACUCUACUGAAUCCUCAAAUAAUCAUCACAGACACCAACAGCUCCAAGAACAGCAGCAGCAGCAGCAACAACAACAACAACAACAACAACAACAACAACAACAACAACAACACCAACAACAACAACAAUCGCUUCAACAUCUUCAUCACCAUCCUCAUCACCAUGCGUUGGCCCAUUCUUCCCCGCGAGAUUUAUCGCUGAUGACCAUGUCCCUGGCUUCCAUGUCGAGUUCGAUGAGCGAACCACCUCUCAGCAGUUCAUCCUCUUCGGGGAGAAGUUCUGUUUCGGAUUCGGGGAGUCCUGAUCCACAUGCUCACCAUCAUCUGCACCAUCACCAUCACCAGCAUCACUCGUCGAUACACCACGGGUUACAUCAUCCGGGGAUUCACCAUCCUGGAAUCCAGCAUCAGCUCAAGAGAAAGUCCAGCCAUCAGCACCAACAGCAGGCCAGUCAGAGCAGUCAUCACGGGAAAAGAAAUACUGGGCAGGGUAGCCCUUUGGAUGCUCUCUUUCAAAUGACCAGCAAAACUUUUGAUGCUGGCGAACACAGUCAAGGUAAGAACAAUACUGUUUUGUCUUAUACUAUCAACAUCAACAACUGUACAAACUAUCAUUCUACAUAA